CUCACACUCUUCAAACACACACACCGGAUUCAUUUUUGCUUGGAUUGUACGUUAAAGGACAAACAUGAAGAAGUGUGGCAUUCCUCUGUUUGUGUUUCUCUGUUUAUAUGUUGCUUUACACCCCUCCAAUCAAACAGACACCAGAUCCUUCCUUAUCUACAACGAGGACCACGACAGAUGCGUGAAUGUGGUUAGUGCUAAUGUGGUGCAGACGGCUCAGUGUGACAUAUCAUCUGAAGCUCAGAGUUUCCAAUGGGUUUCCUCUUCAAGGAUUGUAAGUGUCUCUCUGAAACUCUGCUUGGGUGCCCAGAACAUCAAAGACUGGGUGAAAAUUCUCCUGCUGCCCUGCAAUGAAAGCAGUCCACUACAGACCUGGGAAUGUAAAAAUGAGACACUGUUUGGCUUAAAGGGACAGCCACUGCAUCUGAAUUAUGGCAAUCAUAAUGAGCCAAAUGUGAUGUUGUAUAAAGGAACUGGUGCCUGGAGCCACUGGCAGAUUUACGGGACCAAAGACAAUCUAUGCUCUCGCGGAUAUCAGGAGAUAUAUACCAUAGGUGGAAAUUCAUUUGGGAAACCAUGCCAGUUCCCUUUUAAAUUUGCUGAAAAUUGGUAUGCUGAGUGCAUCUUGGAGGGCAGAUCGGAUGGCCUGCUGUGGUGCGCCACAGAGACUGACUACAACACAGAGAAGAAGUGGGGAUUCUGUCCAACUAAAUCUGGCUUAGGCUGGGAUAGUAAUCCAGUAACCGGUGUGUUGUAUCAGUGGAACACACAGUCAGUGCUCACCUGGCAUCAGGCUCGAACAAGCUGCCAGCAGCAGGAUGCAGAUCUUCUCAGCAUAGAAGAACUGCAUGAGCAGACUUACAUAUCAGGCAUGACAAAUAUCUUGAGCUCAUCAUUGUGGAUUGGACUUAACAGUCUUGAUUUUGAGAGUGGCUGGCAGUGGAGUAAUGGAAACCCAUUCAGGUAUCUCAACUGGGCUCCUGGUCACCCCUCGUUAGAGCCGGGCCUGAACUGUGCAGCGUUAAAUGCUGGUAAAGCAUCUAAGUGGGAGAGUAUGGCCUGCAGUAAGAAACUAGGCUACAUCUGUCGCAAGGGCAAUUCUACAUAUAUAACUCCUCCAGCAGGUAAGGAUCAGCCGAACUUCUGUCCAGCGGCGUGGGUUCCAUACGCGGGUCACUGUUAUUACCUGCAGCGCACUAAGAAGAUGUGGAGCGCUGCGUUAGCGGCGUGUCACAAAGAAGGAGGAGAUCUGGUCAGCAUACACAACAUAGAGGAGCACAGCUUCAUCAUAUCACAGAGCGGAUACUUGCCCACUGAUGAACUCUGGAUUGGUCUGAAUGAUCAGAAGAUCCAGAACCUGUUUGAGUGGACAGACCGAUCACAUGUCACCUUUACUAAGUGGGUAGUUGGGGAACCAUCUCACGCCACAAACCGCAUGGAAGACUGUGUUCUCAUCAAAGGAAAGGAGGGAAAGUGGGCAGAUUACACGUGUGAAACAGAGCUUGGAUACAUCUGUAAGAAGAAAGCAUCCAGUAAACCUGACGGCACUCCGGAGGUGAUCAGUCCCGGAUGCCAAACUGGCUGGAUUAGAUAUGGCUCUUACUGUUAUAAUAUUGCCAUGGAAACCAAGACUUUUAACGAUGCCAAACAAAUAUGUGAGCAGACUGGAGCUAACCUGGUUGAUGUUGCCAGCAGGUAUGAGAAUGCUUUUCUUAUUAGCCUUGUUGGUCUCCGGCCUGAGAAACACUUCUGGAUUGGUUUGUCAAAUACCGAGCAAGCUGACCGCUUUCUAUGGAGCAAUGGCGAUAAAGUAAAAUUUACACACUUUAAUGUAGGGUUGCCAGAUAAGCACCAGGGUUGUGUUGCCAUGUUAACAGGGAUGUCAGCAGGAUUAUGGGAUGUUCUGGCCUGUAAUAUUAAACAUAAGUACAUCUGCAAAAAAAUGGCUGAAGGUGUUACAACCACUCAAGAGCCGCCAACGACUCAACAACUCAGCUGCCCACCUGAAUGGAUUAAAAAAGAUCCACACAAUUGCAUUCGAAUAUACCAGAAGCAAAAGGAGGAGAGAAAGACUUGGUUUGAAGCUCGUGAUUUCUGUCGAGCCAUUGGUGGCGAUUUGGUGAGCUUUCACUCUCGAGAAGAAAUUAACACGAUACCGUAUAUAGUUGGGGAACCAGCGUGGAUAGGCUUCAAUUCGCUGGACAGUAAUUCUGGUUUUGUUUGGUCUGAUGAAACCCCUUCUGAUUUUGAUAACUGGUCUUCCGGGGAACCGAACAACUACAAUGAUCAGGAGCACUGUGGCGAAAGCUUCUUUUAUUUUAAACGCAGGUGGAACGAUAGGGAUUGUGAAGCCUUUAAUGACUGGAUCUGCCAGAUAUCAAUAGGCACAACUCCGAAAUCCCCUCCAUCUCCUUCACCCCAGGUGGAAUAUAACAAGACUGCUGAUGGUUGGAUCCUGUUCAACAAUAGUCAGUACUUUAUUAAUAACGACCCCAUGCCAAUGGAAGAUGCUCGCAUGUUUUGCAAGAAAAACCAUGCUGAUCUUGUCGUCAUUACUGGCAAAACCGAGAAAAAGUUUUUAUGGAAGCAGAUUUCUAAAGGAUCAGAGGCUCAGUACUACAUUGGCAUGACUGUGGGGUUGGAUAAAUCUUUUUUUUGGGUGGAUGGUUCACCUGUCAUAUACACUUCAUGGGAUCAAAAUGAACCAAAUUUCGCCAACAAUGAUGAAAACUGUGUGACCAUUUACAAGAGUACGGGAUUCUGGAAUGAUAUCAACUGCGGUAAUGCCUUACCCUCGAUCUGUAAAAGAAGUUCUGAUUUUGUCAACACCACUAUGACCCCCUCCACUGUAUCACCAGGAGGUUGUGCACCUGAUUGGACAAGAUUCCACGGCAGAUGCUACAUUUUUAUUGACCAAAAGAUGUCCUGGCAUGACGCCCGGAAUCACUGCAUAUCACACGGAGGAAACCUGGCGUCCAUUCUGAGUAAAAGAGAGCAAGCAUUUCUUACCACUGCCAUGCUUGGCUCAUCGGAUGAUGUGUGGAUUGGUUUGAAUGAUGUUACCUGGGAAAUGCAUUUCGUGUGGACUGAUGGUAAAGGUGUCAGCUACACAAACUGGGCUAAAGGUCAACCUGCAUCAAUGCCAGAUACACCUGACAGGAUGUAUGGCUUCUUUUACUCAGAGUCAGAUAUUUUGGACCGUAUAUUUGGCCAUGACCAUUUCAUAAUACCAGAACAACGGAAUUCUGACUGUGUCAUCAUGAUGAGAAGCCCUGAGAAGAUGACGGGUUUGUGGAAAGUUGAGAGCUGUGGAGAUCAGAGAGGAUUCAUUUGCAAGAGGAAAACAGAUGCUCAGCUUCCUAGUCAGGUGACUACAGCAAUGCCUCAAAAGUUCUUCACUCUGGGCAAUGAUUCAUACAAGGUGCAGAUGGAGAAAAUGAGCUGGGAUGAAGCUAGGAGACAGUGUAAAGCAGAUGAUGCUGAUCUAGCUAGUGUACUGGACUCAAUCAGUCAGGCGUUCACCAUCCUCAGAGUCAGCGAACUCAAAGAACCGCUGUGGAUCGGACUGAACAGCAACCUGACAGGUGGGCAGUACCGCUGGGUGGAUAACUGGCUUCUGAGCUACAGUAAAUGGGCAAUAGGAGAGCCCAGAAAUAAUUUAGCCUGUGUAUAUAUUGACACGGAUGGUGACUGGAAAACCACAGCAUGCAACAGCACUUAUUAUUCCCUCUGCAAACGCUCCACAGCUAUUGCCCCCACAGAACCCCCUCAGCUGCCCGGGAACUGCCCUGAUUCAAAGGGACAUACAACAUGGAUCCCUUUCAGAGGACACUGUUAUGCCUUUUUGAACUCCAUGUCAAACAACUGGGCUCAUGCUACAGUGGAUUGCAUGAGGAUGGGUGCAUCAUUAGUGAGUAUUGAAGACCCAAAUGAAUCUCAGUUUAUUAGUCGGAAUGUGGAGAUUCUGCAGGAUGGAAGCAAAUCAUUCUGGAUUGGCAUGCACCGCAGUCAUAUAGGUGAAUGGAUUUGGAUCGAUAAUAUGGUAGUAGAUUACACAAACUGGAAACCGCGGAUGCCCAGUAGCAAUGGCAACUGUGUGGAGGUCCAGUCCAACACUGGGAUGUGGAGUACCACCAGCUGCAGUAAUCACAAGCCUUACAUUUGCAAGACUGCGAAAGUUAUACCACCGACAGAGAAACCAUCAGUUUCACUGCCUAUGGUGAAAGACGAGCCUAACAGCUACACUGGCAUCAUUGUUGGAGUGGUUUUUGUCAUAGUCGCUGUGGUGGGUCUCUCCGUAUUUCUGUUCUUUAAGAAAAUCCAUCGUCCUUUCAUUGGAGAGUGUGCGUUUGACAACAGACUCUAUAUCAUCUCUGAUCAGACACGCUCUCCUCCCACUAUUGAUACAAACGAACUCAUGGCCAACAUUGAACAGAAUGAGCACGACUAACACAUAACACACACAUAGAGACACACACAACCAUCACUGUGACAGUACUUUGCAAACAAACCAUUAAGAAACGUCACACAAAAUAUUUUGAAUAUUUCUGAAUAUUUUGAAUUUAUAUAGGAGGAGAACAGAGAAUAUCAUGCAUAAAAUAGAGGUUUUUACUACAAGUUCUCAUAAACAUAUUUCAUUUAUACAGGUAUGUGAUUUAAUGAAUCUGUGAAUGAGAUAAAUCUGAUAAUGUAACAUUUACCCUCUCUCUGAAGUCUUUGUACUAAAGAUGUGUUAAUAGCUUGAAUAAUAUUCCAUUUAGGAGGGAUAAUUAGUUAGUAGUAGAUAGUUGAUCUUUCUUUGUCAGAAUUUGGCCCUUUUUUGCCAUGCUUCUGUUGCUUUAAAACUAUUCAUGGAUGCAGGAUGCAGAAUUUAUGUGCGUACAGUUUUGUAUACGCAUGUAUGAAUGAAAACAGGAUGCAGCAUAAUGUUGUGCAAUGUCAAACAGAAUAUUGACCUGAAAUGUUGCUGAUUUGCACUUGAAAUCCAAUCAUAAGUUUUAGAUUUGUAUGAGAGCAAUGGUUCGAACUACACUGGAAGGGACCCAAGAAUAUCUGUGGAGAUGGCUAUUUUAGCAUUUAAAAAAAAAAAAAAAAAUCUUAAAAGGGUUAAAAUGUUUUUAAAAUAAUAUUUUCCCUGCUAAUAUACAGUUGCAGUCAAAAUUAUUCAACCCCCCCCCCCCCACCCCCCACCCAUGUUUAAAUAUAAACUUUACAUCUGUAUCAGUUGAGUGACACAUAAGUCAUAGUGUGAAUAUAUAAUAUAUAUAAAUAGCAGGAUUUUUAAAAAAUACAGCCAUGUCAUAGUUAUUCAACCCUUAUUGCAUGUAGCUGUUUCUUAAAUAUGUAAGGCUACACAAGUAAUUGUUUUAAAACAAAAUUAAGUCCUCAAUCUACAAUGGCACUUAUUUAAGUUUAGCAUUGUAAGCAAAAAUAUAUUUCUAUGCAAAAAAUACAGUUAAAUAUAAGCUGUCACAAAAGCUAAUAGAGGAGAUUAUUUCAUUACACAAGAAAGGUCAUGGCUAAAAGUACAUUUCCAAGGCACUUCAAUUUCCAAUAGACAAAUUUGGCAGCACCAUUCAUACAUUUUUAAAAUAUGGUACAACAGCAGCCUUCUUGGGUGUGGAAGAAAGCAAAACUUCACCAAGGGAAAUGUUGACUUGAUUGUCGAAGAAGUAAUUAGGAAAGACCUGUGGAGUCCUGGAAGAAGCUUUUACAGACGUAUGACACUAAACUGAAAAUGAGUUUUAGACCCAUGGGUCAGCAGUACGUCUGGAGUAAGAUGACAAGGUGAUGACAAGAACGACACCAUCCCCACAGUCAAGCAUGGAGGUGGGUCAGUCCUGUUAUGGGGGUGUUUUGCGGCUGCAUGAAACGGCUAUCCUGACAAUGUGACAGACGUCAUGGAUUCUUUCAGGUAUCAGGCCAUUUUGACAUGAAAAAUGUGAUGCCUUCAGUGUGUAAAUUGAAGCUCGGUGAUCACGGGAAUUUCCAGCAAGACAAUAACACCAAGGAUUUGUCCAAAAUCUGGUUCAGGGAUAGGUCGUGGAAUGUCCUUAAAUUGCCCUUUCAGUCCAUCAUUAAAAUCCCAUUGCAAAUCUUUGUUGGGAUUUCAGUGAAGCAGUGGCAGCACAGAAACCAAAGAAUGUCAAUGAGCUGGAAGCUUUUGCUCAUGAGAAAUGUGUAAAGAUUCCAACAGAGAGGUGUCUGAAGCCUGAGAACACUUACCUGAAACAUUUAUAUGAUAUUAUUAAGGGUAAAGGAUGCUCCACAAAUGAUUGACUUUAGGGGGUUGAAUAUUUUGACAUGACAUGUGUGGAGAGAUUUAGUUAUUUUUUAUUUUAAAAUUUGGGUAAACUGAACUCUUUGUUCUCAAAAUUACACAAAUGUGUAUUAAAACUUACUUUGACUGUUUACUGAGGUUUUGGUUGAUGUGUUUGAAUUCACAUCACCAGAAUGUAUUACUGGUCAUGGGGGUUGAAUAAUUUUGAUUGCAGCUGUACUGUAUAGGGUACAAUGGGGCUAAAGACCACCCAGGCUAAUAUUUAGUCAUUUUUAAAAUCUUGCAAAUUUAUGUAGCAAAUGAAAAUCCCUGAAUGUAUCGCAUUUAUUUUGAGCUAAAAUACUUAUUUGUUAUUUUCAGCUUUGUUCAAGGUGAUUCAAUCAAAAAAAUUUCAGUAACUGUCCAAUAAGUGACAGGAUAGUAGGUCUCUUUGGGAUAAAAGCCCCCUUGUUGCAGGGGCUAAAGCCCCUCCAUAAAACACAUUGUUUUUCACAUUGUGGGGCGAAGAGAUUUGUUAUGAAAAAUGUCCUAAGUGGGCUCACGUUGACUGAUCCAAUCACUAUGGAGAUUAAUUUGUUUAUAGAAUACUUGAGAUGUUCUGAAAUUCCAAAUGUGAUUAAAAUGAACAGAAAAUUGUUAACCAUAGAGUGGAUAUAAAAGUCUACACACCCCUUUUAAAACAGCAGGUUUUUGUGAUGUAAAAAAAUUAAACAAAGAUAAA